AUGGCGUCUACACUCACUUUCACUCAGGGCUUCUUCCUUGGACAGCUCACUAUUGUCCUACUGAUCGGUGCCUUCAUCAAGUUUUUCAUAUUUGCCCCGCAGACACCUUCACCACACUCAUCCAACGCACCGGCCACAGUCCAUACCUCCAAGCAUGCAAGCCAUCAGCGGACACCUUCGUUACACAGUGACGCCAGCUCCAAGUCACCACAGCUAUCGUUGAAUCAAAAGACUGCUUCACACAUACUACGUCCAGCUGCAGCCACAGCAACAAGUCCGCACUCGAUCCUGCGCAAGACAUACUACUCCCCACGUCCAUCCGAUGCUCACAGCACCCAUCAGCCUGAGUCGCUGGACUGGUUCAAUGUGCUCAUUGCCCAAACAAUCGCACAGUAUCGUGUCACAGCUUCGUCACUGUUCAAUCCGAAUGGCACUCCCACCGUGCUGUCUUCGCUCGAAGCCUCCCUGAAUGACCCUACGAAGCGUCCUUCCUACAUAUCAUCAAUCAAGAUCACAGAGAUAUCCAUGGGCGAGGAGUAUCCCAUCUUCAGCAAUGUACGAAUCAUAUCCUCGCCUCCCUCGGCGUCAGAUCCACAAGGUGGCCGUCUGCAGGCACUUGUUGACGUCGAUGUCUCGGAUGACAAUCUGACGCUUGCCAUUGAGACGUCUUUGCUGCUAAACUAUCCCAAAGCAUUGAGUGCGAUGCUCCCAGUCGCACUCUCAGUGUCUGUCGUCCGCUUCUCCGGAACUCUGUCCAUUAGCUUCGUCCCAGCCACAGAAGAAGCAUUAUUGAAGGAUCCAGAACAUCCAACACAGCCUACAGGCAAGCCCAAGACCAACCUGGCAUUCUCAUUCCUACCAGACUAUCGGCUCGACCUAUCCGUCCGAUCGCUGAUCGGCUCCCGGUCUCGACUACAGGACAUCCCAAAGAUAGCCCAGCUAGUGGAGUCUCGAGCACAGGCAUGGUUCGAAGAACGCGUUGUCGAGCCCCGAGUACAAGUCGUACCACUACCGGGCAUCUGGCCACGCAUUGGGAAAGUGAGGGUUCGCGAGGGGCACGAGGACGAUGCAAACACAUCAAACUCAGGCGAUAGGCCAGCGAGCUCGUCUGGUCAGGGCAGCACAGGGAUGAAAGAGCGUCGGAGGAGCAGGCUGGACAGCUUCCCCACGCAGGACGAGGCCGAGACCAUGAUCUACGAGGGUCUGAGAAGAAGAGGUGGUGCGGCUACCGGACAGCUUCAAGGCUCAAUCAUGCACACCAGCCCUUCGUUGCGGCCGGUGAAGGUGAGGUCGAAUAGUCAGGUCAUCUCUGGAGAUGAAGAUGGGCCUGGGCCGCAGAUUAUGCCUGGUGGUCUGCCGGGCUGA